AUGUCAGACGGAUCAGAGAAAGGCGUUACGACCGUAAGGCAGAAUGUCUGCGUUAUACCCGACCUCACGAUCAAGGACCUGUUGAGCGCUAUUCCCGCUCACUGCUUCAAGCGUUCAGCGUUGCGGUCAUCAUUAUAUAUUGUUUACGACCUAGUGGUGAUCUCGGGUAUCUACAAAACCGCAACUUAUCUAGACACUCUCAUCUCCCCCGAAUACAUUUCCCUCCCUCAUCCCUUGCUCUAUCCCGCUACGCGGUUGUCUCUCUGGGCAGGGUACACCUUCUGGACGGGUCUCUUUGCCACUGGCCUUUGGGUCAUUGCUCACGAGUGCGGCCACCAAGCAUUUUCCGAGUCUAAGUUGGUCAACAACAGCGUUGGCUGGGUACUGCAUUCCGCGCUUGGUGUACCAUACCAUUCGUGGAGGAUCACACAUGCGAAACAUCAUGCUUCAACUGGUCAUAUGACUCAGGAUCAGGUCUUUGUCCCCAAGACACGUUCGCAACUUGGCUUGCCCGCAUUCGACCCGACAAAGGAGGAUAUUCUUGGUUCGAGUGUUUCGGAUGAAGUGAUGAAGGAGCUGAAGGAAGCGCUGGGUGACUCCCCUAUUGGCGCGACAAUUGGCGCUGCUACCUAUUUGCUUGGCGGCUGGCCUGCGUACCUUAUCCGCAAUGCAUCUGGUCAGAAGCGUUACCCCAAAGGCACCAACCAUUUCAACCCUGAUGCUGUGAUGUUCGCACCUCACCAGCGCGAGUCAAUCAUUCUGUCUGACAUCGGAAUCGUGCUGUGGCUCGCUGGUAUCACCGGCGCUAUCUAUACAUACGGGUUCUGGAACGUGUUCCGUCUCUACUUGAUGCCUUACCUCUGGGUCAACCACUGGCUUUUCACUUUCCCUCGUGGUGCUUUAGCUACCUUGGACCGCAAGCUUCUUGGUGGCUGUGGCUCAAUUAUGGGUUGGAUCGGUGGUCAUGCUACCCAUGGUAUCUCUGAGACCCACGUCCUUCAUCACGUCUCCAGCAAGAUCCCUCACUACAACGCUUGGGAAGCUUCUGAUGCUCUUCGUAAGCGCCUUGAGCAAGCAGGUAUUCAGCUUGAGGGUGCUCCGGGUGGAUGGGGGGAAGUCUACAGGGUUUUCAAGGAGUGCAAGUUCGUCGAGGAUGAAGGUAACAUUCUUUUCUACAAGAACUCCUCUGGUCUCGCUGCCACUCGCCCUGCGUUCACUGACGGUAGCGCUAGUGACUCUGGUAUUGAGAUUGACAAGAUCUAA